CCCUGCCCCAAAUUAAACACUAACUUGAGUUUGUUAGUCUGUCAGAGGACGUCGGACCCUCAGGCCACCCUCAUCAAGUCUGUUCCUGAUCGUUUGCUCAGAUACAAAAUGACCUCCAGCAGGCCACUGCUUAACCAUGAAUCCUGUUGCUCAGCACAUGGAUGCCUUCACUGUUAACUUUGGCCAUGAGACUUGGGCUUGGGACUGUCGACGAAAAGAACACUGGCUUCUGUUAUUAAGAAAAAAGAAAGCCAAAUCAAACAUGCAGAGUCAUGUACCUGUACCUUCUGGGCCUGGUGGUUCUCUACUACCUGUACCGUUGGAUCAGAGAGCUCCCCAGGGUCUCUGACAAAAACAGCAAGUAUGUGUACAUCACAGGCUGCGACAGUGGCUUUGGGAAUCUUCUGGCCCGGCAUCUUGACAAGCAGGGCUUUCGAGUGAUUGCCUCUUGUUUCACUGAGAAAGGAGAAGAGGAUCUAAAGAAGUCCUGCUCCAGCAACCUGAUCACAACUCAUCUGGAUGUUAGUUCUCAGGAAAGCAUUGACAAAGUUGCGGCAAUGAUCAAGGAUAUGGUUGGGGCACGUGGCCUGUGGGCUGUAGUGAACAAUGCCGGCAUCUCCAUUCCCAGUGCCCCAUGUGACUGGCUGACCCUCAAUGACUACAAACCCAUGCUGGAUGUGAACCUGAAUGGGGUGAUUGGUGUGACCCUAAGCGUCCUACCGCUCAUAAAAAAGGCAAGGGGAAGGGUGGUGAACGUUGCCAGUGUGUUUGGAAGGAUCAGUCCUGUUGGGGGCCCAUAUACUGUCUCAAAGUACGGUGUUGAAGCAUUCAAUGACAGCCUCAGGUUAAAUAUGGCACCUUUUGGUGUGAAGGUCCUCUGCAUUGAGCCAGGCUUCUUCAAGACAAAUGUGACCAACAGUGCUAUCCUGAGCAAAAACAUUAAAAUGAUCUGGGAUAAACUUCCACAGGAAGUCCGAGAUGAUUAUGGAACGGCAUACCUACAGAAAGCAUUAACAACCUUAACUGACAAAGUUGCCAAAAUGAGUGAUGCAGACUUGAUGAAAGUGGUCAGCUGCAUGGAACAUGCCGUGGCUGCUGUCCAUCCUCGCACUCGCUACUCCCCAGGCUGGGACGCCAAGUUCUUCUGGCUGCCGCUAUCCUACAUGCCAACCUGCAUCAGUGAUUACAUCCUGAAGCUGGAAGCUAUUCCCAUCGCCAAGCAGAUAGAAUAACUUUGCAUGUAGUAAAGGCAUUCUCUCUGUAUGUACAUCUCAUGCAUCAGUAAAUUUAACUGAUUUCAGAAAGGCUUUGUCUUUCAAUCUGUUCUCAUUACUUAUCACAUUACUUUCUCAGAAAGGAACCUUUGCACCUUUUUCACAAAGGCAUUUUCAAGGCCAUCUUAUCUACAGCUAGUCUGAACAGAUGAAAAGACCUGUGUCCAUGAGAUUAUUGAUAGGCAUGUGGGAAAGGUUAAGAAAGACCAAUAAAAAAAAAAAAAAAAAAGUCCAGUUCACACUUGGUUUCAAAGUACACAGCGAGCAGGAUCGUGUUGUUGCUAUACUUCAAAUAGUAGAAAUGCCUUGUUUUGCAGUAUCAAAACAAGACUGCAAUGUCACCUGCAGGAUUUUAACUUCUUAAGUUACAAAGCAAAAUGUUUAGUUAUUGGUAGAGUUAGCUGCGCAAAUAAAAAUAGAACUGUAUGUCCAAAAGAUAUAGAAAAGAAAAUCUUGUUUUUUAGGAUGCAGUGCUAAUCUUACCUUGGAGGGAGUCACUGACCUGGUGGACACGAGGUUGUAAGGUUCAUUCUGUUCAUUUUACUUCAUGACUCCUAUCUAGACGAGGAGUCAAACUGUUUAAAUACAUAGUAUUUUUUUGUCUCCAGUGGCACUAACAAUCUUUCCUAUAUGAAACCUUUAUAU